UCAUUCCAUUAGAUAGCAGCAGCUAUUUAAACGCUCCAGUGGGAGCUCAGACAUUUCUGCUUGUAGAAGUCCUUGGCUGCUCCACUCCCUCAUUCUUGGAAUAAAUUCAGAAAUGACACUUGAUGACCUCAAGAGCAAGAGUAUGAAGGAUCAACCUGACGAGAAAUCAAAUGGAGAUAAAGCUGAAGGUACUGGGGGUCCUCAGAGUCUUUCCGCUCGGCGGUGGCGCCCUGCUGCCCUGAUUCUAGGGUUCCUGUGCCUGGGAUUACUGGUGACCGUUAUACUGCUGAUAAUACAGUUGUCCCAGGUGUCUGAUCUCCUGAAGCAACAGAAAGUGAACCUUACUCACCAGGAAGACAUCCUGGAGGGACAGGCUUUAGCCCAGCGCCAGGCGGAAAAAUCUUCCCAGGAGUCACAAAGGGAACUCAAAGAAAUGAUAGAAACUCUUGCCCACAAAUUGGAUGAAAAAUCCAAGAAACUGAUGGAGCUUCAACAGCAGAACUCGAAUCUUCAAAAAGCUCUGGAGAAAGCGGCAAACUUUUCAGGUCCUUGUCCCCAAGACUGGCUCUGGCAUGAAGAAAACUGUUACAAAUUUUCCUCUGGCCCAUUUAGUUGGGAAAAAAGCCGGGAGAACUGCUUGUCUUUGGAUGCCCAACUGCUGAAGAUUAAUAGCACAGACGAUCUGGAAUUCAUCCAGAAAACCAUCGCCCAUUCCAGUUUCCCAUUCUGGAUGGGGUUAUCUCUGAGGAAACCCAACAACUCAUGGCUCUGGGAGGACGGUACUCCUUUGAUGCCCCACUUGUUUAGACUCCAGGGAGCUGCUUCCCAAAUGUAUCCUUCAGGCACCUGUGCGUAUAUACACAGGGGAGUUGUUUUUGCUGAAAACUGCAUUUUAACUGCAUUCAGUAUAUGUCAGAAGAGGGCGAAUCUCUUGAGAGCACAGUGAAUUUGAAAGCUUUGGAAGAAAAGGAGAAGAUCUUUGGAUUCUUUUCUGGAAUUUAAGCUAUACUUGGUCACUUAAGUGCAAACCAUGAAAGCCGUGACAACUGCCUGUUGCUCGAUGAGUGCAGAACUCCUUAGCAGAGACUGGGCCUCAGCUACCUGACAGCUUGGUUAUCAAUAGUUUUACUUCUAUCCCUUUCUCUCUGUGUUCCCUAGCGUGUCCCAAGCCCCCUGCCUGCCAUCAGUGAAGUCCAUUUCCUGUUUCUAUUAUUUCUAAGAACGUGUUGCUUAAUGCAAGGUCGUAAAAUUUUUUCUCCUUUGGUUUCUCCUAGGCAUUUUAUAGUUUCUGAUUUUACAUAGAAACGUAUAAUUUAUUUUGGGUUAAUCCAUAAGCCGUGUUUGGAUGUAUCGAAGUGUUUUUAUUCCCCCACUUGGCUACUCAACUGUUUUCACAAUAUUUGUUGAACAGUGCAUUAUUUUUUUCACUAUGGCUGUCUUUGCACUUUUGUCAACAAUUAUUGAUACAUGCCUGGGUCUGUUUCUGAACUCUCUCUUCUGUUUCCUUGAUCUAUUCUAUAUUCUUUGUUACAGCACCACCAUGUUAUUUUUUUCCCAUUUUUAAAAGUUUUAUUGAAAUAUAGUUGAUUUACAAUGUUGCGAGAAUUUCUUCUGUACAACAAAGUGAUUCAGUUAUACAAGUACACAUACAUCCAUUCUUUUUCAGAUUCUUUUCCUUGUAGGUUAUCACAGAAUAGGUAGUUUCCUAUGCUAUACAUCAGGUCCCUUUUCACCGUUCUUUUCAUAUACAAUAGUGUGCAUAUGAUAGUCCCAAACCCCCAGGCCCCCCUUCCCCCAGCCUGUCCUCUUUGGUAAUCAUAUGUUUGUUUUCAAAAUUUGUGAGUCUGUUUCUAUUUUGUAAUAAAUUCAUUUGCAUCUUUUUAAAAGAUUCCAUGUAUAAGUGAUAUAUGAUAUUUGUCUUUCUCUGAUUUACUUCACCUAGUAUGAUAAUUUCUAGGUCAAUCCAUGUUGCUACAAAUGGCAUUAUUUCAUUCUCUUUCAUGGUUGAGUGAUAUUCCAUUGUAAAUAUGUAUGACAUCUUCUUUAUCCAUUCCUGAUUUGAUGGACAUUUAGGUUGCUUCCAUGUCUUGGCUCUUACAAAUAGUGCUGCAAGAUCGUUUGAAUUUUGUGGUUUUAUAAUGCAUCUUGAAAUCAUAUAGUGAUCGUUCUUCAACAUUAUUCUUUUUCAGAGUUGUUUUGGCUCAUCUAUGUCUUUCUAUUUCCAUCUUAAUUUCUGAAUUGGCUUGUCAGUUUCUAAAAAGCCUUUUGAAAUUUUAAAUGUGAUUGCAUUGAAUCUAUAGAUAAAUUGGGGAAAAAAUUGAAUUCUUAAAAAUAUUGUUUUGUUCAACUCAUGAAUGAUGCAUAUUCUCCAUUUACUUAGGUAUCUCUUAUUUUCAUUAGUAAUGUUUUGUCAUUUUCUCUGUAUAGAUGUUUCACAUAUUUUGUUAAUCACCAUGUAUUUUAUAUUUUAUGCUAUUGUAGACAAAUGUAAACAUUUAUAAUUUUUAUUUCCAAAGUCCUUGGCUAAUAUACAGAAUUAUAAUAAAAUUUUUUUAUAUUAAUCU